AUGGAAAAGUCUCUGGUGUCAAGUCCAGCAAGUAGUUGCAUCACAAAUCCCCGGACAAAUGUUUCGCUCGCCACUCAGGGCUUGAACCUCGAGGCCUGGUAUUUGGGCGAGUCGCAGAAAGAUUCCCCGACCGAAAACAUCCAGAGGGCGUUCGACCGCGCAAAACAAUUCCACGAAGCCACCUUCAAGGGCAGAAACGCGAACCAAUCGUGGUUGUCGACAGCGUCUUCGAUGUCUGACGUUCUUGCGGUCCUCUAUGAGUCCCAGAAUCGGUACGACAAAAUAGCUGCAUGCAAAUCAAAGAAGGUAACUUUGAAUCAAGAAGAGCUUUCCCUUAAGAUUGCUCAGGCUGUCGCAGAGAUCGGCUCAGUGCUACCAGAAGUCAACUUUGUCGCCUGUCAGCUAUAUCCGGUUCAAGCGAUCCAACAGACAUUAGCAGACGCCUAUACACACAUCGUGGCUUUCUGUAUACAAGCAACCAAGUGGUAUCACGAUGUGAGUCGGAACAGGGCAAGAAAACUCUGGCACGCCAUCGCAAACCCAUGGCCGCUGGAGUUCCAAGACACCAGAAUCGCCAUCGACACAUGUUUCCGAAGACUGAGGGAACAGUCGGCCCUGGCUCAUCAAACCGAGACUCGGGCGAUUCAUGCAAAGGUCUGCGAGGUUCUCGCCAUAUCAACGCAUGGACAUCCGAGUCUCUGUCAACCGGACCUAGGAUAUGAUGCAUCCAAGACCACGGUAUACAUGGAAGACACAGGAUCAAGUGACGAUGUCCGGAUUGUCAUCAACCUCGAGAGCGUUUCCGUAUUCUUCGACUCUAUACCAAUCGACGCGAGCAGAGCUGUCAAGACCGGGCUGGUAACGCGAGACCGGCGGCGUACCCGGGGAAGUGAGCUACUUGGAGCCAUCUGGGACAAGCCCGCUCUUCAUAAGUGGAUUUCUUCUCCCAAGUCAGCUAUUCUCCGUGUCGACAGCCCGUUUGCUCGUCAAGAUGCUGCCCUCGACUUUGCCCUCGACAUAAUUGAGAUGGCACGUCUCGCAAAAAUCCGUCUUGUACUAUAUCUAGGCGUGGAUAUAAACAAGGGGCCUGUCUUGAUUUCAGACGUCCUGCGGUCCCUGACAUUACAGAUCAUCGAGCAGAAUCCCGACAUUCUAGCCAAAGCAAGGAUACAACACGAACAAUUCAAGAACAGUGAGAAUGUUGACGAUUGGCUGCAGCUACUGGUCGCCCUUGCGUCAUCUCUUCCGCGACUAGUCUUGGUGCUUGAUGCCCAGGAGAACAGCACGGCCAUCUUGGAUGUUGUCUCCGGUCUGAAAGAGGGACUCGACGCACGCAAGGCUGACGUUUCACUGAAGGUCAUGAUUCUGACCCGGCAAAUGUCUGAGGAUACUGCAUCAGCUUUAUUGACGCCGUGGGCCGGCUGUUCUGGACAGCUUGUUGUCUGCAACAGUCGAGGGCUCGACCGGCGCCCUGUGAGAUAUUCGUCGAGAGGCCCUCCUCGAGGCUCUAAGUCUAGUGAUGAGGGGCCUGAUCAAGCGAAGAGGUUGCUCCUUGCUGCAUGGUCUUAG